UUAUUGUGUACUUACGUGUAAGUUUACGAGUUUCGUGUUAGUUUCAUUCGGGAUUUUUAUGUUUCACUUUUAAGUAUAACUUUAAAUACAGAUCGGAUUUAUAAGUGCUGAAUUAAAAUGAAGAUAUUAAUUUGUUUAUGUUUGAUUUUGUCAGUUAAUCAUGUAAUAUCACAACGAGUAGCACCCGGAGUUCCUCCACAGCAAUACAGACAACCACAACAACAACAAGUAUAUCAGCAACCACAACAGCAGUACCAACAAGUUCAUCAACAACAGUACCAACAAGUACCCCAACAACAAUAUCAACAGGUGCCUGUGCAACAGGUUCCUGUUCAGCAGCAUGUGCCUGUACAACAGCAGGUACCAGUUCAACAAGUACCAGUGCAACAAGUACCUGUACAGCAAGUUCCUGUCCAACAAGUACCGCACGGCCACGGGCAUCAUGGACAGCAACAGAUCUUGAAUACUGCCAAUCUCGCACACGAAAAAGAGCACAUAGCUGAGCAUUUUGACGUGCCAAUCGACACAAGCAAGAUGACUGAACAAGAAUUGCAAUUCCACUAUUUCAAAAUGCACGAUGCAGAUAAUAACAAUAAAUUGGACGGAUGUGAACUGAUAAAAUCUCUCAUUCACUGGCAUGAACAAGGCAAGGAUAAAGCUUCUGGCGUUGAAGAAAAAGUCUUCCGGGACGAAGAACUGACCAACUUGAUUGAUCCAAUCUUGAACGUGGACGACGCAAAUCAAGAUGGUUUCAUCGAUUAUCCCGAAUUUAUUAGAGCGCAACAAAAGGCGGCUGCUGGUCAACAGAAGCCCACAUCGUAAACAGUCCAAGCGGUACAACCAAAGAAAUCCUAUCCGACGAAAAUCUCCAGAAUAUGGUCGACGAUAUAUUAAAAUUGAUGGAUAAAAAUUCCGAUGGAUUUAUUGAUUAUACGGAAUAUAAAAUAAGCACCCAGUCAACCACGGGGAGCUAAAGUAGUAGAAUAAAAUUUGUAAAUAAUUUUUUACUUUUGGGUUGUGUAAUUGUUGUUUAAUUUGUAUAUAUUGA